GACUCACUUUACUGCAGCAGGUUUUGUUUUUUUGCACCGUGUUAUUGAAAGAGGAAGAUGCAUGUGUUUGUGUUUUUCUUCAUUCUGCAGACUCUGCCUCUCACUUUACAGCAUGUAGUGGGCAAAUUCCAUGAUAUUCCGGAUUGUGUGGAGUUCUUCGUAAAUAACAAAACUCCAGAGAUUUCUGGGAUUCUAGAAGGAGGAAAAAUUUUAGACCAGAAUCGUUAUAAGGCAAUAUGUCAAUUUUACAAAAACAAAUACAGAUUUGCAACACUGUAUGAUGUGAACAAUAAGAUCCCUCUGUUUUCUGCCUACAAAUUUGUUGGGAAAGGAGACACCAAAAGGAAACCAGAGCCAUGGUUUAUUGAGCCUCAGCUUGAUGACUGCAACGAAAAAAGCAUGAGCAAUCCAGGGAAGGUUGAGAAGAGAGGAAACAACCAAGCGCUUUCAGAAAACUACAAAGAGAAUAACCAAGUUUAUCACCGGGGUCACUUGUUCCCACGACAACACGCCAAUGACCAGGAGACAGCGGAUUCCACCUUCACCCUGACCAAUGCAGUACCCCAGUACAAUAAAUUCAAUAGUGUCCAGUGGUGCUGUAUGGAGAAAGAAGUCACUAAACUAAUCAGUGAACAAUGUGAAAAAUCAGAGGCUUAUGUGGUGACAGGGGCAGUGCCAGGCUCAGGUAAAUUAAAUAAUAAGGUUAAUAUUCCAGAGCUCAUGUGGACAGCUUUCUGCUGUAAAGAUAAAAAUUCUGCCUCAAUGGUAGGUCUGGCAUAUUAUGGUGAGAAUAAGGAAGCUUCUGUAGUGGAACCUGUCUCUGUGCAAGAACUGGAAAACUACCUAAAACAAAAGUACGGAGAUAUUAAUGUCUUUAAUGGAGCCUGUCCCAAAAAGUUAACGCUAGUCAAUAUACAUGUAGGUAAAAAACGCAAAUAUAAUGAAAUGAAUUGUGUAUAUGAUGAAUACUGUGAUGAUGGGAGUCUACCAUAAAAGUUAAAGCUAGUUAACAUAGGUAAAAAAAUGCAAACAUAAUGUAAUAAAAUGUGAAAAUGAUGAGUAAUGUGUGAUGGGGCUUCUCCCACGUCUGCUGCUCCCAGAUGGGUGGUUCCUCUCCCUCUGUUUUGAUUUUCUUUUCAAUUUCAGUCUCAGAAAGUGCUUUGCUGCACAUUCCGCUCUUUCUGCAUCAUGUGUUACAAAUUAAAAAUCAGCCCUGCUCAGUUC